CAAAGAGUAAAAAGAGCAGUCAACCCAAGAGUACGGACAAGGUCGCACGCGAAUGCCCACACGACGACCAUUAAACUUAAAUUCUCGAUCGUAAAUUAGAUCGAACAGUAAAACGUAUUCGGACCUCAACUAUUCAACACAUCGAAACUUUUUUCAGGAUUUAUGUGACGUUUCUUUUUCUAAGUGCCAGUGUUUCCUUGUGCCUUGUGCUUUUAAAAAUAAUAAUGCGGUGGUAUUAGGGGUACGAAACUAACUUUAGCUGCAUUCAACUACGUAAGGAGCACCACCAUGCGUCUGCUCCUCCUGUGCGUGGUGCUGAUGACGUCAUGGGCCCGGAGCCCCGCCCUGCGCGUCGGCACCGGCAUCGCUGACGUCACGGGACCCCCGGCUGAAGUCACGUUUAUGGGCUACGCCAACUUCAAGCAACAGGGCGAGGGCAUCCACCUGCGGCAGUUCGCGAGGGCCUUCGUGAUCGAGCAGGACGGGAGACGGUUCGUCUUUGUCUCCGUCGAUGCGGCUAUGAUGGCCAAUGGAGUGCGGAAAGAGGUGCUCCGUCGCCUCCAAAAGCGCUACGGCUCCCUGUACACCGAAGCCAACGUCAUCAUCAGCGGCACCCACACGCACUCCACGGCCGGGGGCUUCCUCAUGGACUUCCUCUUUGACCUGCCCAUCCUGGGGUUUGUGAAGGAGACCUUCGUGGCGUACUGUGAUGGGAUCUUUAAGAGCAUCUACAAGGCGCAUAUGAGCAUGAAGUCAGCCCGCGCGCUGUACGCGGAAGGGGAGCUCCUAGACGCCAACAUCAACCGCUCGCCCAGCGCUUACAUAUUCAACCCUCUGGAGGAACGGGAAAGAUACAAAUACAACGUGGACAAAACCCUGGCCCAGGUCCGUUUCGUCUCCCCUGAAGACAACAAGCUGCUCGGCGUCAUCAACUGGUUCGCCGUCCACCCGACCAGCAUGAACAACACCAACACGCUGGUGUCGUCCGACAACGUGGGCUACGCCUCGGUGCUGUGUGAGAAGGAGCUCAAUGGGAGGAAUACGCUGCCGGGGAAGGGUUUAAUAAUCUGCGCGUUUGCCUCCACGAACCUCGGCGACGUGUCUCCCAACACGAGAGGACCCAAGUGCGAGUUCUCCGGACGCAUGUGUGAUCAGGAGAAGCUGCUAUGCACUCUGCCGGACGAGCGGUGCUUCGCGUCGGGCCCCGGCGUGGACAUGUUCGACAGCACGCGGAUCAUCGCCACCAAGCUGUUCGAGAAGGCCAUGGAAGUCCUGAAAGGUCCGGCGGAAGACCUGACGGGGGAGGUCGGCAUAGUUCACCAGUUCGUGGAGAUGCCCACACAGGAAGUGGCCCCGUAUGAUCCCAUAACGCAGACUUUCAACACUAGCCUAAAAGUCCGCGGCUGCCUCCCAGCCAUGGGCUACAGCUUCGCGGCGGGCACCACGGACGGGCCCGGCGCCUUCGACUUCAGACAGGGAACCACCAGCGGCAACCCGCUGUGGAACGCCGUCAGGGACUUCAUAGCAGAGCCUACAGAGGAAGAUGUGAAGUGCCAGGCGCCGAAGCCGAUACUGUUGGCUACUGGGCGGGCAAAGUUCCCUUACGAAUGGCAGCCCCAAGUAGUCUCCUGCUCAGUGGCCCGGAUCGGGGGGUUAUUCCUAGCCGCAGUGCCGGGCGAGUUCACCACGAUGUCCGGGCGGAGACUGCGACAUGUCGUCGAGACCGCCGCCAAAGGAGAGGCCAAGCGGGUUGUGUUGGCCGGCCUGUCGAAUAUUUACAGUGAUUAUAUUGCCACGCCUGAGGAGUAUCAGGCACAAAGAUACGAAGCGGCAUCGACGAUAUACGGGCCGCAUACACUCGAUAUCUACUUGAAUAAGUACACCGAACUGACUGACGCAUUGAUAACGGGCAAGACCCCCGACGCAAUAGUCCAGCCUCCAGACUUCGGCGGCAACCUCAUAACCCUGGUGCCCCCCGUGCUGUGGGACGCGGCGCCGUGGGGCAAGGAGUUCGGGGACUGCCUCGAGCAGCCACAGAAGGAGUAUAGCCAUGGCGACCUGGUGGUGGCCAAGUUUGUGUCAGGACACCCGCGCAACAACCUGCGGCACGGGCGGUUCUACGCCACCAUCGAGAAGCAACAGUCGGAGGCCGACGACGCCUGGUCCAUCUACGCCACUGAUGCCGACUGGGAUACCAAGUUCAUCUGGCGCCGCGACUCCAAGAUCCUGGGCACCAGCACGGCCGAGGUGACCUGGUCAAUACCCGCGGACACCCCGUCAGGCACCUACAGGGUACACCACUACGGCAACUACAAGUAUAUCCUGGGCGGGAUAUAUCCGUACCAUGGGUUCUCGGAUAGCUUUACGGUAAAAUAAGGAGAUGUGAGUUGUGACAAUCUGGUCCAGUAGGCUUUUGAAUAUUAUUUGUUGAUCUUGACUUUUUAUCCACUAAUGAAGGGGAACGACGGGUAAACACUAAACAGUGGCAAGAGUCUAUCCUUUGAUUAAUCAAAGAAGCCCACCACAGAACUUCGAGAUGAUAAAAUGAUUGAUUCAGAAAUGCACUGGGUACCUACUUACCUAGGUAUCAUUUUUCAAGUGCCAUGUCAUGGACCAAGUAAUUAAAAUAUGUAAAUAAAACUCUAUAAGUAUACGUAAAUAAUUGACCAAUAUUUAUCAUGCCAAAGUAGAUUUUACGACAAACAUUAUUUUAGCUAGUCGGUUAGUUUUAAAGAAUUAUGUUAUGUAAUUGUAUUUUAUAAGAUUGUGAUGUAUUUUGUAUACUUUUGUCUAUAAGUGUGUAUGCCUAAUACUCUAGGUUCCUAUUUAACUAAACCUAUAACCUUGUUAGGUUGUUGUCAAUUGAAGUGCCAGUAAAAUAAAUACAUCUA